GAAACCUUGCAAGGUUGGACGUUUAUCUCCCGUUUUUCACACACUAUUUCCUACUUGUACGCUAUGCUCAAGACAUUCGCUACCGCUUCGCGCGCUGCUCGCACCAGCCCGCGUUCGGCCACCGCAUUCCGCAUGGCCACGAUCCGGCUGCUCUCGCAGCUGGUCGAGCCUAAGGAGCCGUCGGUCACGACAGAGAUCCCUGGGCCCGAGUCCAAGAAAGUCCUCUCCGAGUUGGCCAAGCUGCAGGAUGCGCGUGCGGCCCAGUUGGUCGGCGACUACACGCAGUCGGUGGGCAACUACAUCGUCGAUGCAGACGGCAACAAGCUGCUGGACAUGUACUGCCAGAUCGCAUCGAUUCCGGUCGGCUACAACAACGAGGCCCUCCUGAAGGCAGCAAAGACCGACGAGAUGGCCAUCACGCUGGCGAACCGGCCAGCAAUGGGCGUGCUGGAGGAGGCAUUCAUGGCGGUGAAGCCCAAGGGCAUGGAGAUGAUUUUCACGUCGAGCCACGGCUCAGAUGCAAACGAGAUUGCGUUCAAGGCGGCGUUCAUGCACUACGCGCGCAAGAAGCGCGGCGCGCGUGGAUUCAAUGCGCAGGAGCUCGAGUCGGUGAUGGAGAACCAGGCGCCGGGGGCCCCUGACUUGUCGAUUCUGUCGUUCGGCUCCAGCUUCCACGGGCGCCAGUUCGGCUCGCUGAGCGCGACGCGGUCCAAGGCACUCCACAAGCUGGACAUUCCGGCAUUCAAGUGGCCCAAGGCGCCGUUCCCCCAGCUCAGGUACCCGCUGGACAAGUACGAGGCCGAGAACGCGGCUGAGGAGGCGCGGUGCAUUGAGGAGACGGAGCAGAUUCUCAAAACCAACGCGUCGCCAAUCGCCGCCGUCAUCGUCGAGCCGAUCCAGAGCGAGGGUGGAGACCGUCACGCAUCACCGCGGUUCUUCCAGGAACUGCGCCGCAUCACCGCUGAGAACGAUGUGCUGCUGAUCGUCGACGAGGUGCAGACGGGUUGUGCGGCCACGGGCACGUUCUGGGCCCAUGAGCAAUGGAACCUUCAGACGCCACCCGACAUGGUCACAUUCUCCAAGAAGAUGCAGGCGGCCGGCUUCUACCACACGCGCGCGCUGGUGCCAGACCAGGCGUACCGCAACUUCAACACGUGGAUGGGCGACCCAUCGCGCGCCCUCAUCGCCAAGGCCAUCGGCCUGGUGCAGCAGGUCCAGGAGGUCGGCAAGUACCUCAAGGGCCAUCUGGAGCCGCUCGCCGUGCGGUACCCGCGCGUCAUCAAGAAUGUGCGUGGUGCCGGCACCUUCCUGGCCUUCGACUGCCCGACGGCCGAGCUACGCGCCGAGCUGCUGGAGCUGAUGAAGAACGAGGGCGUCAACAUGGGCGGCUCUGGCGAGACCAGCGUGCGCUUCCGGCCCAUGCUGACGCUGACCAAGGCCCACGUCAAUGUGUUCCUGACGCGCUUCGAGAGCGUGCUCAACAAGUUGUACAAGAAGCACUGGCCUCAGUAGGUGUGUUAUCAGCAAUACAUUCACGCUCACGUGGCUCUACUUAUCUUCCGAAACGGUCAAUUUCCGAUCCGCCCCGUUUCCGCGCUUGCGUUUGAUGCGACGAUUGCCAGUCACAGUUUUCUGCACGUAGUUUAUUAGGUAGGCUAGCAGCAAGUUUAGUUCAUUUCCUUAUCUCCACAGCCUGUGCCAUUCCACCCUCCACCUCCCCCCAACGCCGACGCAACGGCUCACUGGACUCUGUGCGCCAGUGUCUGGUCGCAGGCUUUCAAGUUGAAACCGCUUUGCUGAACGCCAUUGGCUGGUAAUCUCCUGCAACUCGCGGCAAAGAGGUGGGUUUUUUCGGACUACCAACGUGCACCUCUUCUCUGCUCCUUUCACAUUCCCUCCACUUUGCUGCUUCCUUUUUCCCUCUUAGUCGAAAGAAAACUAUAGCGCCAUGUCUGCCAACACUGAGAACUUUACGCUCCCCAAGGCCCUGCGC